AUGUGCCAAGCCACUGUGAUAAUAAGCUAAACUAAUUUGGAUGUUAAAUAAACUUGUAAAUUGGAAGUGAUCUAAACAAAAGAAACACAAUGUUGUGUAUAAAGAAAUUGUAUCACGAGGAACUAUUCCAAUUAGCAUUGCUACUUUCUUUGUUACGACUAGAUCCAGAAUACUACCUUGGUUUGGACAUUCAAACCAUUGGUGUAGGUUCUUUAGAUCUAAACAAUGGUUCUAGAUGGCACACCGAUGUUCAUACAAUAGUUCAUCGCCCUAUCUUUGUUCACCCAAAAAAUUUAGAUUCUAUGCUUUUAAAUUAUGAGAGAGAUUUAUUUGAAGACUUAAAUUCCUUAGGAAGAUACAAUAGAAUAAAUUCUGGUUUAAACGACAUCCAUGCAUAUUUGUUAAACAUUGAAGAGUCUGCAAGAGACAUUGCUAUAGCAGGACCUAGUAUAUCACUUUCUACAGACCCGACUAGGAAUAUGACAUCGCCUGACCCAUCAAAUUCUACACAAAAUCCUGAUGAGCCAACUAAUACCGCAGAACUUACUCAAGAGGAUAUGGAUCUAAUCGAAGUUUUAUGGAAGCAAGAUGUGGACCUCGGGUUCACGCUGGUGGAACCGACCACGGCAACGAAAAAGGCGUCCACGUUGGAAAAGGGGACCGAUGAGAUCGAUGAGAUCGAGAAACUGAAAGCUCUAGAAGCGAUCAAUGGCAGCAACGAAAAGAAAGAUACGAAGGAAUAUGACGAUCACCAAGAUGAUCCAUGGACAGGUCUUCCUUAUACCGUCGAUCUCGAAACCGGUGAAUACAUCCACAAUUCGGGUCAUCAGGGUGAAAGAGGAAGCACCAGGGCCGAGGAAGACGAGCAGCUCCUCAGAGACGCGUCGUUGGAUUUAGACAAUCACCCUUUGGCAGGAUUAACCGAUGAUUCUUUGGGAUUAACCGAUACUUUAGAGCUCGAGAAUGAUUUUCCUACGGACCUACUCGGAAGUGGCCUCUUAGGAAGCGCUAACGUCGAAGGUCUUCUCAAUAACGACACCUUGGGUCUUCCCGACGGAUUCAAUCUCGAGGAGGCGCUACAACUCGUUGGCCUCGAUGAGGCGCAACCAGAGGAAACGAAGCCGGAAGUGAAGAAGAAGGAAAAAGAUAGGAUCGGAGAAUCGACGAGUGCAAAGGACGAGACGGCUAUUACCAGCUCGAGCAGCGUCGAGGUCACGAAGUCAUCCAAGUGCGAGGAUCCUGAGACCGGCGACAUGAUUCACACACCGCAGUUUCAUCAUCCCCAUCAUCCUCACCAUCGUUCCUUCCAGGGUCGCAUGCCAUUCAUGCGUGCAAUGAGCAUGGAACAACGGUGGCAAGACCUGGCAUCUCUUUUAUCGUUACCUGGUGCACCAGACCACUUUGCACAUCCUGCACAUCCUGGAUACCCAGGGCACGGUAUAAGCCACAGUCAUUAUGAAGCACAGCGCAAUGUAUUGCUUCACAAUGCCACUUUGGCCCCCCCGGUGGGUGACCUUAACUCCACGAAUCCGUAUCACAAUGUGGGUGGGUCGUCGAAUCUGGGUUCAGCCGUAGCGACGUCAAUGAAUUUAACAAACAGUAGCGAACCGAUGGGUGCAGAAAGUGGAACAGCUUAUAAAUCCGAGCCGGCAGAUAUGAUGUAUUACCAUACACCAACUUCCGAUUCGAUCAAUCAAACCACCGAUGGUUUCCUUUCAUCUCUUCUUAAUGACGAGGAUUUACAUCUAAUGGACAUGGCCAUGAAUGACGGCAUGUAUACCAUGCGCAUGUUAGAUAAUGGUAAUAACAACGCUUCGGGUCCAACGGGAGCAGCGGCCUUGUCAGGAGUUCAGACAGCUGGUGGUACGACCUCUUCGGCAACAGGCGUUACGACACUUCCGGGUGUAACAGACGAAAGGAUGGAUGCAUCCAGCGAUAGCGCUGUCAGCAGCAUGGGCAGCGAACGGGUACCAUCCCUUUCGGAUGGCGAAUGGAUGGAAACUGGUUCUAAUUCUAGCCAUACACAAGCCGAUUCUCAUUAUACUAUGGAUUAUGCUAGCAAAUACCGCAUGUCAUACGACUGCAGCUAUUCCGUUUCCGGAAGGAAUGCUGGUUCUCCAAGAUGUCAAACGGAGCGUACCAUGCCUCCGGUUGCUCAAAAGAAGCAUCAAAUGUUUGCAAAACGAUACUUUCAGGAACAAGGAACUGGUUCGCCUCUCGGAGCUACAGCACAUCCGACGACUCCAAUGAAGUAUGAAUAUGAUUCACACACAGUUGGCGCUGGAGCACCAGGAAAUGCUUAUUCUGGCCCGAUUGAGGGUGCAGCUGGGCCUCAACCUGAAAUAAAAUAUAGUUGUAGUGUAGAUUUCAGUCGUCAUCAAUCAGGACGUUCAGCUAUAGAACACGUUCAUCAUAAUCAUACGUAUCAUUUACCUGCAGAAAGUUCCGGAUCUCUUCAACGUCCAGUUUCUCGUGACAAGAAAGUACGUAAAAGCGAUAGCGAAGAGCAUCUAACCAGAGAUGAAAAAAGAGCAAGAGCAUUAAAUGUCCCCAUUCCCGUGAAUGAUAUUAUCAAUCUUCCAAUGGACGAAUUUAACGAACGUCUUAGUAAAUACGAUCUCAGUGAAGCUCAAUUAUCUUUGAUACGUGAUAUUAGAAGACGGGGCAAGAACAAAGUCGCCGCUCAAAAUUGUCGCAAGCGUAAACUAGAUCAAAUCAUUAGUCUUGCUGAUGAAGUGAAGGAAAUGAGAGACCGCAAGAUGAGGCUUAUUCGUGAACGAGAAUUCAUGCUUAUUGAAAGACAACGCGUGAAAGACAAAUUUAGUCAGCUUUAUCGUCAUGUGUUCCAAUCCUUGCGCGACCCCGAUGGUAAUCAGUACCAUCCGUACGAGUACAGUCUUCAGCAAUCAGCCGAUGGAAAUGUGUUGUUAGUGCCAAGGAAUCAGACGAAUCCUCAUCACCCACGUUCUACGACAAUGGAACCAAAAGCGAAACCUGAUCCUGAACAUAAGGAAUGAAAUUAUGGAAAAAUCACGUUUUGAAACGUUUGAUAAGAGAAACUCUAUUUUCUUCGUGUACUGGCCGCACUUUUGCAAGGCAAACAUGAAUGCGGUGCUCAGAUAAAAAAUCAUUUACAAUUUUAAAUAGAAUAAUGAAGAAUUCGUGUGAAAAGUUUAUUGCUUCACAUUCGAUAUAUCUCACCAUAUGUUUGAAUAAGCAGAGGAAUUUUUCAAAAAUAUUUCAGAGACUCACAUUGAGUUAUAUCUUUCUUUACGACUGGAAAAUAAUCACCAAACGUAAAAAUACUGAUUGUACAUAUAGUUAUAUAGCAUAAAUAAACCAACAACCUAUAUAAAUAGAAAAAAAGUA